AUGGAAGAAGAUGGAGACUCCCCACCCUUCUGGUCACAACCCACUCGCCGUCACCGAUCAUCUUUUCCGAUCCUCAGUCCCACGCUUCUGAUCGUCCUCUUCUCCGUGGUUGCCUCGCUUUUCUUCCUUUUUGCUGUUCCUCCGUUUAUUUCGUUCUUCACCACCCAAAUUUUCCGACCGCAUGCCGUCAAAAAGAGCUGGGAUUCGUUGAAUGUCCUGCUCGUUUUGCUAGCCAUCCUCUGUGGGAUUUUUUUCAGAAAGAACGAAGAUGAAUCCGUGGCGGAACAAGAUAGUGACAACGGUAAAACAGAGGCCUCUGCUCCGAGCAGAACAGAGGGCUCUCUUUCGCAUCGAUGGUAUGAUCAGUACUCUGACGAGAGGAUCUAUGACGCUCCGGUGAGUAAUUCACCAGUCACGGGAGUAGGCCGGUUGAGGAGGAGUAGCAGCUCGUACCCCGAUCUGAGGCAAGAAUCUUUGUGGGGAACCGGCUUGCGGUUCUUCGACGACUCCGAUGUGAACAGGUCUCGCUCUCGUCCGUUGGACUCUGUUCGAAGUCGCCGGCGGCGAAGGGAUAUUGACGGAGAGGAGUAUUCCGGAGAAGUUAAAGUGAUUCCGGUGGACACUUUUGAACUACGGGCCACGAGAAGUCCAGCUAUUGUGGCUUCGCCGCAGCCUGUGGCACCGAAGUCUCCGGCGCCACCCCACUCGCCGCCUCCGCCUCCGCCUCCGCCUCCGCCGGCGAUGAGUCGGAAACAAAAGAGAACGUAUCAAACUCAUGCCCGCAAAGAGAAGGAAAAGGAGACUUAUACGAAUAUUUGUCAUGACUUUGAGAAAACCCAACCUUCUCCGCCGCCCCCUCCUCGUCCUCCACCUCCGCCGCCGCCGCCGCCGCCGAUGCCAAUGUCGCAUCGAUCGGAGCAGAGUUAUGGGAAACAUACUCGGAAAAAGGGCGGCGCAAAGAAGGAGAUAGCGAGUGUUAUAGCUUCACUGUAUAAUCAAAGAAAGAGGAAGAAGAAGAGCAAGCCGAAGAACGAGUACGAUAAUUUGUUUCAUCCUCAAACUUCUUCCACCGAUUUAAGACCACCGCCUUCGGCGCCGCCGCCGCCGCCUCCUCCUCCUCCUCCUUCUGUGUUCAACAAUCUAUUCAGAAGGGGAAUCAAGAGUAAGAGAGUUCAUUCAGUCUCUGCACCGCCACCGCCACCGGCGCCACCACGACCACAACCUCCGCAGCGAAAAAGCCGGAUCUCGCCCCCACCGUCUCCCCCAAUGCCGCCGCUACCGCCGGAGUACAGACGCCGGCAAUUAACUCGCCGGCCGACCUUUCCAGCGAGGAUGAACAGUUUCUACGACGGCGAUGAGAAUGGAAGCGACAGCGGGCAGUCGCCGUUGAUUCCAAUGCCGCCUCCACCUCCACCACCGCCGUUCCGGAUGGCGGAGCCGAAGUUCGUUGUUCGCGGGGAUUUUAUUAGGAUACGGAGCGGUCAUAACUCUCGCUGCGGGUCUCCCGAGCUGGACGACGUUGAACUUUCAUCUGGGAAGCAACCAAACGUGAUGAGCGGUGGAGAUUCAUCCGGGUCGGGUUUCUGCUCGAGCCCGGAUGUCAAUGUCAAGGCCGCCACCUUCAUUGCCAGGCACCGGGACGGGUGGAGACUUGAGAAGAUACAGUCCAUGAAAGAGAAACAGAGGAUGGGCUUUGAUCCAGGCCCAGACAUAGCGGCAGGACCAGGCCCAAUUCCUGGUCAGAUAUGA